AGUGAGAGACAGAACGAACAAACUUUUCAUCUGUUUUACGCAAUGUGAGUACGCGAUAAAUCGAUUUCGGAAUCGUGAGAAUGAAUGAGAGUUUAACGCUUGUGUUAUCUUCGCCGUUUCAUACAACGAAGAAAAACAAUAAAAAAAAUAAAAAAUAAAAAAAUAAAACGGUGCGAACGAGAAGUAUCUUGGCGCGUUUGCCGUAAGGCACAAAUAUUAAUUGUGUAUGUUGGUGUGUUUGUGUGAAUACACGAAAUUUCGAAUUGUGUUAAUUAGUCAGCAAAUCUUAAUCAGCCGAACAACGAACAACAGGAUUUUUUUGCACCGUCUAUCUAAACGAAGAACCUUUAAUGAAAACAAACUAAUCGAAAAACCAACAGAGAAACGAUUUUGAGUGAAAAUAAACGGUUACCGUAAUAUUGAUAGUGCACGAUCAGCUGAUUCCAACAUCAGUUCAAUAGAACAAGCAAUUAGUUAUUUUUAUAAGUCGAGCGAGUUUCAAUCGAACGAAAAAAAAAAAAAAAUGUGAGUGCAAGAGCAUGCGAAUCGAGUGUCAGUUAAAUGUGUGUUUGAUGUUUAUUCCGGAAUCAAGUUCGGCUACUGGCAUCAUUAAAUGAAUGUGUAUAUAAAUCGUUUUUUACCGCAGUGUAUUUGAAAGCUAAAUUGAUAAAUAUUUUUUUUCCGGUGCUGAAACGAAGAAAAAAGAAAAAGAAAGUGAAUAAAAAGAGUGCAUUUAUCAACGCAAAUUACGAUGAAAACAAACGUAAAAAAUUUGAACAAUCAACGGCCGAAAUAAAUAACGACGAACUUUGUGUUGAAAGAGGUGGACACGAAAAGAAAGAAGAAUAAACGAAAUUUUUUUUUCAAAACAACAAUUUUGAGAUAUAAAACGAUAGGAAAAAGUCAGCAAGACUGAAACGAAGAUUGAAGAAGCGUUACAAAUCCCAAAUUUAACACGAAGUUAACGUAGAUUGUUUGUGUGACCAUGGCUACAAAAUUGGUGAACGGAAAUUGGAACGAAGUAAAUGACAAAAAUCCAGACAGUGGGCCUCGAAGGUCGUUACAAAGAUCGGCGACUCUUCCGGCAAAUCCACGUAACAAUCCAAUUUUAAGACAUCAUCAACGUUACCAUCAAGACGAACCAAAACCACAAAUUCCAAUAAUUGUUCAGCAGCCAACACAUUUUCCGCCGCAAUUACACCAAAAAAUACGCAUACGAGUACGUUCAACAUCCACCGAUAAAGCCGGCGAAAUUAAUAACAAUCAAAAUCAUAAUCAUUCAAAAAUGUCGACUGAAGAUCUAUUACAACCGGGCACAGUUGUCAAAGAACGAUGGAAGGUGGUACGAAAAAUUGGCGGCGGUGGUUUCGGUGAAAUUUAUGAGGGUCAAGAUUUGAUCACACGCGAACAAGUCGCAUUAAAAGUUGAAUCAGCUCGUCAGCCAAAACAAGUUUUAAAAAUGGAAGUGGCCGUUUUAAAGAAAUUACAAGGAAAACAGCAUGUAUGCCGAUUUAUAGGCUGUGGAAGAAAUGAACGAUUUAAUUAUGUGGUAAUGCAAUUGCAAGGGAAAAACUUAGCAGAAUUACGACGGGCACAGCAACGCGGAGCAUUUUCGUUGAGUACCACACUACGAUUAGGUUUACAAAUUUUGAAAGCAAUCGAAUCUAUACAUUCGGUGGGAUUUUUGCACAGAGACAUCAAACCAAGCAAUUUUUCGAUUGGUCGCCUUCCAUACAACUGUAGACUUGUAUAUAUGUUAGACUUUGGCUUGGCACGUCAAUAUACAACUGGAACGGGUGAGGUGCGUUGUCCCCGGGCAGCAGCUGGUUUUCGUGGUACCGUCAGAUAUGCAUCAAUCAAUGCACAUCGUAAUCGUGAAAUGGGCCGGCAUGAUGAUCUCUGGUCAUUGUUUUAUAUGCUAGUCGAAUUUGUAAAUGGCCAACUACCAUGGCGCAAAAUAAAAGAUAAGGAACAGGUUGGUUUGAUGAAGGAAAAAUACGACCAUAAACUAUUGCUGAAACAUUUACCAUCUGAUUUAACAAAAUUUCUGGAGCAUAUACAAACGCUUGGCUAUGCAGAUAAGCCUGACUAUGCGAUGCUUUCAACGUUGUUUGAGCGAUGCAUGAAACGACGCGGUGUCAAAGAGACGGAUCCAUACGAUUGGGAGAAGCUGGACAGUGGCAUACAUUCAGUUAACCAAAGCUUAAGCAGCCAAACUAAUAUGCCAAGCAAUAUACAAAGCCAUAUUCAAGUGAAAACGGAUCAAAUACACGGCGGAGCGUGUAUAAAUAGUACGGGUGUUAUUGGUGUCACUGCCAGUGGCAAUGCAACAACAAUUGGCGCAACAAACGCCAUCGCUAUAGAAUAUAUGCAGGUGGACAAAAAUUGCAAUGCUACGGUCACUGCUCCAAAUAAUCAGAUAACAACAACACGUGCCGGAAAUGUGAUCCCGUCAAAUGAAGAAACACCGUCACAGCAACAACAAUUAGCGCUCAAACCGAAGCAACAACAACCAGCUACGGAAAAUGAACAAAAUGCGACAGCUAUUGGUGCUACAUCACAAUCACCGAUUGGUUCAGCAAAUCCGCAACAAUCACAAAACUCACUAAAUAAUUCACAACAACACCAAAUGCAACAACGUGAAAAUCGACCGUGUCAGCAGCAGGUGCAAAAAAUAGCCAGUGAAUCAAUGAUUCCGACUUAUCGAUCUGGCACUGAUUCAAUGCACAAAUCCAACCAAAGUGGCCCAAAUUCGAAGCAACAGCAACAGCAGCAGAAUAACAGCAGCAGCUUUUCAGCAAACGUACCAAAAGUGGACGGCAAAAAUGCGGUAAAUAAUGAAUCUAAUCAAAAUCAAUGUAAUAGUCCAGUAAAGCGUCGUUCCAUCUCCCAAAUUGACGAGAAAACCACCUAUGGCAGACUUCGUGUAUUAACCGCACCACCUACAAUAACAACAGCUAUAGCUGCUGCAGCUACAACCGGUUCCGAAACAACAUCACCGCGUGAUGUUGAAGCAUUACCAUUUUUAUUCUCAGCGGAUGGUCAUUGUAGCCGACGGAAUAUCGGAAGUGCUGGCAGUGGAACCGGCGGAUCAUCGAGCGCCAAUAGAAGAUCAAAUUUGCGUACAUCAUCUGGGUGCGGGUCUAGUCAACGCUUGAGCGGUGGCAAUCGCGAUCAUUCGGUCACUCAAUUUGCUGUAAUUGACGAUGAAAACGUUUCAGCAUUGCAACAAGUUACCAGAGGCGGUGGUGCCCUUACUUUAGCAUCACAAUGGAAGAGUCAAUUCGACGAUUCCGAAGAAACUACAGACAACGAAUGGAAACAAGAACCUCAGAGUCCUGAUCAUCGUGAUAAAAGCCAUAUUACUUCGCAAGCACAACCAGUGGUGCAAAAUAGUAAGAUCACCAAAAGACGAGAUGUCAAACGAAAAAGAUCUCAUUUGAAUAUAGCUGGAAUAGAGAAUUACUCAAAUUUACAAGAUGUUUUGCCGUUGUGCUGGUCAAAUCCUUCCUUGGGAAAUGCCAUACGCCACAAUUUGGAACCGCCAUUAGUGCAGCAGGCUGCAUUUGAUGAUACCAUUUUCCGUAUGGAUAUUAUAAGAAAUGUCGGUAUACGUGAGCCGGUAGCGCAUGGAUCUAGUAAAAUAACUGACACCGACAUAAAUUCAUUGGCAAUGAAAUUGGCCGAUUCAAAAUUGAAUCGAAGUAGUCUACCAAAUAUCCAAUUUAAAGAGCCCAAUUCGCAGCGGAUAGCAAACGAAAAUGGUACAUCGUCAACGGCAAAAACUGCCAUCUCAGUGGCGACGAAAUUGAAUGCACAACCAGAUUCACAAGAAAAAGUCAAUGAUGCCAGUGGUGAUGGGGGAGGCGGUGGCGUUGAUGAUGACGAAGAGUGUGCAAUUAGUGGUCGUUUGGAAAUUCGUGUUAUUCAACAAAAUCAAGAGUCAAAGCAUAGUCCGAAUCGUGAAGAAUCGAUUUAUUUUGAUGCGGAAAUUAAUGGGCAAAAUGCUGACGAUACAGCAGCAAAGGUUUCAAGGAAAUUAGUUAAUAAAAUUUAUACGACAGCACAUGCGGGUGAUCGUAAUACCGACAACACUGCCGAUGCCAAUUGUGAACUGGCCACAGAUGAGACGGCAUUUUAUUCGGUUGCUACAACGGGACGUUUGUAUGAAUCGCGUGAUGAUGCACAAAAAUCAUCGGACGUAACACGAUUACAGUUGGAUAAUAGUGAUGCGGACAUUCGAUUGGCGACCGCCAACAAUGUUACGGGUUUAAUUGCAAGUACCAUCAUCGGUUUUACUGAUAUUUCAUCCACGAACGAUGACAAUGCGGCCGACAGUUUUGUUACCGCCGGCAAUACAUUGGCUAAAUUCUCAAAUGUGAUAGAACCAACAACCAACACAAUGGUAACGACAACCGUCAAACCAUUAACUAAUCAAUCGGACAGUGGAGCUCCAACAUCAGUUAAUCAAAUCAAUGAUAAGAAAGACACCAAUAGCACACUUAACAAUAGCAGCCAUAGUAAGAUUCCCGUAUUAAAUCCCACUGCACGAUCAAUGAAAUGCGCUUCAUGGGCAGGCAAUGACCUUCCAAUUACCCAGGAUAUGAAUGACUUGACACCAGGAUUGAGGCGACGUCGUCAAAACAUGGAAAAAUAUGUAACCGAUCCGUCACAAUUAAAUCUUCGCUUUUACCGGUCGAAAACUCGAGGCAUUAUGCGAAGCAGAGGUGUUCCAUCGCAUUUACUUGGAUCGGGUCAUUUUGAAGAUAAUUCAUCCGAUAAUAGUACGGAUGGAAAAGGUACGGAUUCAAAGCAGCAAAUUGAAAAUGGGGAUGAAUCAAUCGAUUAUGUCAGUGAUGCUGGCAAUAAUAAUGCAUUUGAGGUUGGCAUCGAUGCAAUCGACGGCAAUGAAGAUAACAAUGACGAUGGUGACGACGACGAUGAUGAUAAUGAUGCUAAUGUAAUUUCAAAACCUGGUGAACGUAAGCAGGAAAUUUUACCACCACCCGGUGAACCACGACCAGAAAAUACGGCUAGAAUACGACGUUAUCGUUUGAAUCUUGAGUAAAAGAUAUGUGUUGGCAUCGAUUUUUCGUCGACAAAAAAAAAACAGAGAAAUAAUUGCAUCGAGGAAAACCGCUUGUGAUAGACAAACAAACAAACAAAAAUGAACUAUUUAUAUUGAAAUCUCGAUUUGCUUUUUCUGCCAAAAAAAUCAUACGAGAUUACAGCUACUAAUGAAUGAAUGGCAAGAGAAAACCAACGGAUCGAUAAAUAAUAGGAAAAUAAAUUUCAAACUAAAUAAACAAAAAAAAAAUAGUCACAAAGAAUAUAAAACAUAACUGAACGAUAAGAACAAAAUCAUGAACCAUUCAAAACAAGCAAAACAAUAUACACUUAAGGGUUUUCAUGGCGUCCAACGCUGAACAUAACUAAUAAGAUAACAACAACAAAAAAUUCGAGUGAAACACUCAACAACUAAAACUAAAAAGAACACAACCAUUAUACCGUUUCAUUAUAGAUAAACAAACCAACAAGAAGAAAACACGCAAACGAAUGCCGAUAAGAAUUAAUCUGCCACCCUUUACUUUAAACAAUUUUUAGCGAUUCUUCGAUGUAUAACUUCAUUAAACAGCAACAACAACAACAAAAAAUCACAGCAAAACCUAACUCUUUAUCCUUAAGCAGAGAGAUUGCAUAUAUGUAUUAACCACGUUCUAGAAUGGACAAUUCACCAAAUGGUGUUGAGAAAAUUGUAAACAUUUGAUCCUUGAUGACUCAAUGCGUGUGCGUUGUUUUUUCUUCUUCUUCUUUCAAACAAAGCAUAGUAAUUUUUUAAUUUAGUUUUCAAAACAAUUGAACUAUAAAGACGUAUUCAAUCUGGAUUUUGUGUUCGUUAUGCAUUUUCGAAUUCAUUUGACAGUGAGAAAUUAAAAUAAAUGAUAAUUUAUACAUCUAGAUCAACAUACACACAGACAAAAUCUAUAUUUAAUAUAGCAAACAGAACCAAAUCGAACUGUGACAGAAAAAUUAGAGACAGUGAGACAGACAUUAGGCAAUUAGUGCCACCGAAUUUCUAGUUAAGAUUGAAAUUCAUUUACUAUAGUUCAGUAUCUCAUGAUUAGAGUCAACUUUCAAGGAUAUAAUAUACAUGGUUCGACACUAUAAACAGAGCGCAAGCUUACAAUCUUUUCCACACAAUUUAUGAAAAUUGUGUGUGCGCUCAUUCUCUGCACUCUAUUCGUCUUCAUGUUCUAUUAAUUAAACAAACAAACAAAAAAUUACAACAAUUUCUCGCUUUGUAUAAAUGUUAAGCAAUUGAAAGUAAACAAAAGUAAUAUCGUAACGUGCUUUUUGAUUAUGGAAAGUAAUUUAUUUUUAAAUUGGGGGCAACACACAAAAUCGAUUAGUGUUAUUUGCCGAUGAACAGAUGAUAAUAUUUGAAUGAAAUAGCAGAAAAGCGCAACAUGUGAUUGUUCUUCAUACGUUUCUUUUUUUUUAAUAUACAACAUGCGUAUUUUUCUUCACAAUAUAGUAUUUCGCGUUGUUCAAUGUCAAAGACAAUUAAAAACCUUUGGCAAUCAAAAAGAAAUUCCCCAAUUUACAUGAAUUCAAAAAAAAGUAAGAAAAAUCAGAAGUUUUCUUCUUCCUUCUCUGUAUUUUACGCAAUGAACUAAAACUCUACCUUAUUUCAUUUUUUACGAAGAAUCAAAUGCAAUUCACUUAAUUCGUGUUGUAAGUGGCUAAAAUGACAGAAAAAAAAUAGAUAAAACAUUUUACAUGUGCAAUUAUCACUCGUCUUACAGAAUGAGUCAAAAAUUAUCCUCACUAAAUCGCACAUACCCCUGUCUCUCUUUAAAAAAAAACUAACAAAAUUAAAGAAGAAAAACACACAAAUACCCCCACGACAUAUCUAUCUGUAAAUAUGGUCGUAUGAAUCGUUUUCAUCGAACAAAACAGAGACAAUUAAAAAUUUUAAUUUAAAAUACAUACAAAAAGAAAUGAAAAUUACAUUUAAAAUGAUAUUUAAAAACAAAAAACAGUUUUAGCAUGUGCAAACAAACACAAACACGAACAGAAAGAAUCUACCUAAGCCAGUAUCGCAUUACCAAAAAAUAAACAAAAACACAUAACGACACUAGCUUUAAAUAAAUACAGAAAUGUUAACCAUUUUCUCCAAUUUUGUUUUCCGAUGCGUUGUAAACGAAAAUGCUUGCUCGAAUCGAUGUGGAAAACUCUUUAAAUGUGACAAACGAAAUACUAAGUGUGCAUCUAUCGAGUUUUUGCAUUAAGAUCGUGAUUUUUUUUAUAAUUUCUUCCAUUUUAAUUUGAACAAUUUUUAUUUAUACACUUUUUAGCGUCUUUUUCGCUCUCUCUCUCUUUCUCUCUCUCGAUAAAAUAAAAUAAUUUCGCUCUAGUCAAGUUAAUGUAUCAAUUUUUGUAUAUGCGAAAACCGAGCAGAGUUAUGUAGAAAAAAGGAUUAAAAACGCAUCUAUUUUUUUUUUCAUUUUGUUCUUGUAAAGACACAAAACAAAAACUUUUGUUGAAAGAAAAUUAUUUAUUUAUUUAUUUUGAAAAUGAAAAAAAAAACACAUCAGGCUUGAUAUAAUAUAUUGGUAUUUUUUCUUUAUUUUUAGUUAGAUUAAAAUCCCAAUCGACGAAAGCAUAUAAUGAUUGAGUCUUUGAUAGCAUAUGGAUUAAGGUACAGGAACCAAAGAUAUAGAAUAUUUAAACGAAAAUGUAAUUUGACAUGAUAAUUAUUCGCGUCUCUUUCAGAGAGAUAGAAAGAAAAAAUAGAACGUGUUUAAUUAAUAACACAGUUGAAGGCUAGCAUUUGUAUUUGCAUGAUAAUUAUUUUUUUUAAUUGCACUUUAAGUACCUGAAUUCCGUCGAUUUAAAUAUAUGCAUUUUUGCUCUUUAAUGUCCUUUCGUUUUUUUAAUGUUACUUCGCUCUUAAUUUUUAUUUCAUUUAUUUUUCAAUCAAAUUAGUUCAAUCAAAGAAAAAACAAGCAGAAAAAUAGAUGGCAUAGUUUUUAUUAUGAAAUUAUAAUUGAAUAGGUCCUUUUUUUGUUUCAUAUGAAGCAGAUUCAUUGCAAUUAACAAAAGAAAAACGAAGAAAUUACGAUAUCUUAGAACAAAUAAUCGAACAUCUGUUGAUCGACGACGGAGCGAAUGUUUUAGGUGCUAUGGCUAUUGAGCGCAAUAUUUUUUUCGACUCUAUCGAAUCUGAUCUAACUGGCUUCAGCUCUUAUUCGGUCCAAUUUUCUCUUUUAAAUCCACUAUUACAACUAUCCUUAUGUGUUUUUCUUUUAAACGUACCAAAAUCUAAUAACUUAUUACUUGACAUAAACACCGAGCGAAAAAUUCAGUGUGAUUAUGACAACAAGAUAUUCAACAUAUUUACAUUUAAAAAAAGCUAUAUGGCAAAUAGAACAAAAGCAAAAAAAUGACAACAAAUCGACGAUGUAAUUGAAAAGUGUAAAAUGUUUUGCUUAAGUGAGUUGGUUGUCAGAGAAAAAGAGUAUUUGUCGUUUUUAGAUGAGUUGACCUUGAUUCAACUCAAUAUAUUAAAAAAUGAAUAAAUUAGGCCGAAUUUCAUAGGGAUCGAAAACGUGACGUUCGUUUUCCAAGAAAAAAAAUGGGGCAGUAAAUACGUAUGUUAUAAAAAAAUAAAUAAAUUCAACUAUCACGAAUCACUCACAAACCACUAGCAAAAAAAAAAUGAAAAAAUUAAAUAGAAUAUAUAAUAUUUAUGCAUAUAUUUAAAACAAAACGAUGAUUUCUUUUAAAGAUGUUAGAAACUGAAACUAUGUGAAAUAAUUGAAAUAUGUGGAAAUGACCAACCAGCUAAAUGAAAUUUUAUGACAAUUUAAAUAAUAUUUUAAUAUGGCCGGUUGUCCAUGCAUUUCCACAUAUUUUAUUUGAAGUAAACUAAAAAAAAACAUGUCGACAAACAAUUUACAACAAUUAUGUAAUAAAAAAAGAGAUUAGAAACAUAAAAAAAUUUGUGAAAAAUUGUUGACCACUAAAAUGGAAACAAUUUACCAAAAGAAAAUCGAACGAUCGACAAGUGAAGAAGAGAUGAGAACUGAAUUUAUUUCCAUUUCAGAAAACCAAAAAAAAAAGAAUGCAAACUAAAAC